AUGGACGACGAGGGGUCGGUGGAGAUCGAGGAACUCUUCGCUCUGCUCAACCAAAGGCAGGAAACGGGAGGCGAGGCUGAAGGGCACGGGCCCAACGAAGAAGGCGCGGGUCGUGAUGGAGUUGGUGCUAGCCCCGAUCAGAACGUUCGACCAAUCAACGAGGUGACGUCUUCCGGCAUGUUUGGGCUGGACGGACCGCCAGACGUGGCGGAUGUCGAGAAGCUGCGCAUGCUGAGUGUGGCGAGGAAGGACUUCGGCAAGGUCGAGCGCGUUGCCCGCUCGAUGACCGCGCAAAGGUUAGCGGCGGCGAGGGUCGAGUUGGAGAGCUCGGGCAAGACGACCGAUGAGGGCGUGAAGGAGCUUCUCAGGAGCCUCUCGCUGUACGGCCACCGGCAACCCAUGUCGAGAGAGGUUCGGCUCAAUAUGCGGCGGAAAAUCCAGUCGCUCAUCGUUGGCUACGGCGUUCCGGCCAUCUGGUUCACCAUCAACCCAAACGACAUUACGAACCCGGUGAAGCUGCGACUGGCGGCAUAUCGGACACGCGAUCCCGGCGCGGCCGAGGAGUUCCUAGAAGGCCUUGGGAGUGCGUACAAGCGGACAAGGCUGGCCAUGUCCGAUCCGAUGAGCGCCGCCGUAUUCUUCCACCGGGAGAUGAAGCUGUUCUUCGAUCAUUACGUGAAGGUCGGAGAAGACUCGAUGCUUGCCGACAUCCACGGGGAGGAUCAGGCGGCGUAUCGCGAGCGAAUCAUACGAUACGUCGAUAGUGUCUUCUCCGAGGAUCUGGAUCAGGAAGGGUUCUGCGCCGUGCAAGCGGAGCGAUCUGUGACGUCCGAUAUUUCCUCCCUGCUGGACAACACCGAGCAGUUUUCGGCCGCAUUUGACGAGGAGGCCAACUUCUGUGCCGGCGCUACACAGGUUCACACGCAUAGCCCGACCUGUGUCAAGUAUUCCUUGGGCAAAGGAGCGCGGAAAGGGAAUCCAUGCCGGUUUAAGUCUCCAUGGAGGUUGGUCGACAAGACCGCCAUCACGGCAGACGGGGUGUUGCAGAUCCGGAGGACUCACAGCAUGGUCAAUCGAUGGAACAAGGCUAUCGCUGUUGGGCUCCGGCACAACCACGACAUUUCCUUCAUUGCGACGCAGCGCAAGACCAUGGCCCUUAUGUAUUAUGUCACGAACUACGCGACGAAGGUGGAGGACCCGGUGUGGAAGCGUGUGGCGGCCGCGGCCGAUCUCCUGGCCGCCUCAACGGGUGACGGCACGGCCAACGGAGGACAGGACGACGGUGGAGGUGCUGUCGAGGUCGUCGCUCAUCUUCUUGGAUAUCCGGCCGAGUUCACCAACAGCAGCGCCUGGGCGUACCUGAACACAUCUCUGCUGUACUGGGAAGUCUUUCGACGGUGGCCGUAUCUCCGACGAGCAAGUGGCGCGGCGGCCAUAGAUGAUACUCUGGAUGAGUCGGUGCUCAGGCGGCCGGGCAAGCAUGCUACCGUCUGCCUCGAUGGCUACCUGAGCAAGGACUUCGGCCACAACGACGACGAGGAGUCGUGCCACCGGAGGGCAGCCGUGCAGCAUCUUGCGCUAUUUGUGCCGUGGGAGUCCUUUCUGUGCGAAGAAACAGGUGAGAUCAAUAGCAUCUGGGAGCGGGCGCGAGAGGCGCUGGCCCCGAGAAUAUCAUGUCUCGUCGACAACGUGCAGCUGCUUCGACGAUCAGCCGAAGACGCAAAGCGCGACGCCAAGCAAUGGGCGGCCUCAUCCGGCGAUGGCGAUUCCACGGUCGCCCACGUCGAGGAGGGCGAGACAGGCGAGGCGGGCGCAGAAUUUGCAGCGACGUAUCGGUCCAACAACAUCGGAGACGCAACGCGCCUGAUCGACGUCGUCCGAGGCGCAGUGGGCACGAAUCAGGUGACGGCCAAGUCGCCGGAGCUCAUGGCAAUGAUGCGGCAGCUCUGUCGAUUCCAGCAAUCGGCGCUCUGCUCAACGGCCGAGCUCGAGGCCAUCGCGAUUCCCGAACAAGGGUUGAGGUGCAUAAGCAUGCCAGGGCGGGUAUUUUCCGGGGCCGCACUACCGCCGCAGGAUCAGGUCAAGGCUAUCAAGUCGCAGCAGAUAACGAUCGCCGAGCUGCGUUGCGGAGGUGAUGACCGGCUUCGGGAGGACGACGUCGAAAUGACGACAGCCGACUCCGACGAGACGGCUAGCGACGCAGAAGCGGGAAUGCGCGUCCAGCUUGGCCCAUCGACCUCCUUCUUCGCGGCGGGCAAGGAGUUGUCAACACGGCUAACGCUGAACAAGAGGCAGUCGAUCGCUUUCCUAAUAAUAUGCCGCCAGCUCGAUUUGAUGCGACAAACGAAUAGGGGCGAUGCCGGCCAGCUCUGCCAGUUCGUCGGCGGCGAGGGGGGCACCGGCAAGUCGCGGAUCAUUGGGGCACUCGUCGAGCUGUUCAGUGGGAAGAGCCUUUCGAAUCGUCUGCUGAUCACGGCGACGUCAGGGACUGCCGCGGCGCAGAUCAACGGCAUCACGAUCCACUCCGCCUGCGGGUUCACUAAAGACCAAGGGGCGGGCGGCGCGAACACAGCCAAGGACCUUGACGGGGUGCGGCUGACAAAACGGGCGGAGCGGUUCAUCCACGGCCAGUCUCGGAUGGACUGGCAGGAGAAGGACGUGCUUGUCAUCGACGAGAUUUCGGGGAUCCCCAUCGUCCUCUUCUGCGGAGACUUUCAGCAGUUCCGGCCGGUCCAAGAGAGGUCGAUCGUCCUGCCGAGCGCGGCCAUCUCGUGGGACGUAGACAACUCGUUCAAGGCCGAGCAGCGGCACCAGCACGACAAAGCGCACGCGCUGUGGAAGAGAUUCACGACGGUCGUCAUGUUGAACGAGCAAAUGCGCGCCGCCGGACCGCACGGAUCUGGACCUCCUCAACUCAGGUGCUACCGCGAGGGCAGGCGGAUCCCUUGGGAGACUGGCAUCACCGUGGUGACGCCGCUGAACAGGAAUCGGUGGAACCUAAACAUGGAGGCAAGCUUGGCGUUCCGGGUCCAGCAGCGGUCGACGAUGCGCAUCUUCAUCUCCGAGCACAAGUGGAAGGAGGGCCUGCCGACCGAGGAAGAAGCGAUCAUGGUACUCAAUCAAGGCGACGAUAGCGCGAUCCCCGUGCCGGCCGUCUUCAUGUUCGUGGCCGGGAUGCCGGUCGUCGUGAACCACAACACCCAUCAGGGGCUGAAGCUGGUGAACGGCGCCGGCUACUCGGCGGUGGAGGUCAUUGUCGACAAGGCGUCCCCAGGGCAUCGAAUCUCGUCCGACAUGACGAUCCACUUCGGGCCGCCGGCGGGGAUAUUACUGGAAUCGGCGACGACAAAGGACCUCCACUUCAACGACGUCAGCCGGAAGGGAUUGCCGUGCGCAGCAGCCUUCGCCUGCACGGACUACAAGGUGCAGGGCAGAACGCCAGAGCGCGUGGCCCUGGAGCUGCGGGGACACGGACGACGAAAGUCGAUGGAAGGGCCGUGCCCUCGCAAUGCGACCCGUACAGCUUAUAUGUGCAGCUAUCGCGCUGUCGAACGCUAG